GAAGAAUACUUUUGACCCUUUGCGCAUGCGCACACCGCACGACAACCCCCUCAGCGCUAAUUCUAUGUUGCUAUCACAGUUAGCGUAUAAGGAAGAAACCAGAGGCAUCAGUAAAGUCACACUACGCCUAUUUGCUGCAGGUUUGAACAAAGACUUGAAACGCCGAUUUCUCUGAACCUGCCAAAAUGGUCAACGUACACAAAGGAGUUCUUGUUGAAUGUGAUCCUGCCAUGAAACAGUUCCUCCUCUACCUGGAUGAAAAAAUGGCCCUGGGGAAGAAGUUCAUCCUGAAGGACCUUGAUGACACACACGUCUUUAUCCUGGCAGAGGUGGUUCAGACCCUGCAGGAGAGAGUUGGCGAGUUAAUGGACCAAAACUCAUUUACCAUCACGCAGAAGUAACACUCACCUCAAUAAAAGAAACUAUUUUUGAACUGCUGUAGUGAGGGUCUUGUAUGAAUAUGGUUUGCAGGGUUUUAACUACAGACUACAUCAAGCAAUUGCUACAUAUUUGCUGCAUUGAUCAUUUUGUGCAGUAGAUAAGAAGGUAUAUGAUUAACUUUAACUUUAACUUACACAUACAAUGAACAUGGCUGUUAAUAAGCGAUAAGUAAUGUCUCAAGAUUUUGACGUCCAUGCACAGUCGUGUCAGAAGCCUGUUCAUGAAUGUAAACGGUGUGUAAUUUUAAAAUAGGAGUACCACUCCCUGACAUGUGCUUCUAAUCAUUUUGCCCCACAUCAUCUGACAAGAUACUCCUUGUAACUGAUUUCCUACCACAUCCCUAAACGACUAACAGAGUUGAGUUCAUCUUUGCCUAAUACUAUUUCUCCUAGCAGCAGCAUGGAGCUCCUUUAUCCUAAAUGUUUUAUUUCCAGCUCGUUUUAUUUGCUUAAACAUUCUCUGAACUUGUUUUCUUCUUUGAUUCGAUAUUGUUCCUUGGAAAAGCUUGCGACCUAAAAGACGCGCCUAGAUAUCUCAAUAAAAUUCAGUAUUCCCUUUAAGUCCAGGAUUUUUGUUUAUUUCCCUCUUGCACAUCGUUUUUGAAAAAGAAGAUGCAAAGCUUCCCCCCCCUGUUCUUUAUUUUCUGCUGUUAUUUAAAAGAAAAGCUUUGGGCUUACUAUUCAAACAUUUCUUGUGUUUUCUUCUGUAUCACUAAUUGUGUCCAUGGUGUCCAUGUUCUUCAAGAAGAGGUGCUGUAUUGAUCAUAUAUCUUCUGACUCUCUUUCUGAAUGUCAUAGGAAGACUUGCAGCACAUGUUUAUCUUGUUUUUCAGUAGUUUGGUGUAUAUGUAUUAAUUCAGACAUUUAGGCCCCGGGGAUGAAUCAAUUUUAUCGAAAAAAUUGGGUUCUGGAAAAUCAAGAUUUUCAAAAGUCUUAAUCAACCUUUUCUCUUGAACCACUGCUUCCCUUGGGUUGGUGUUGUUCACAUUCUUCAUUCCUGAAGGGAAAUGAAGUUUACUUUUGUUGAAUUGUAUCAAUAAAAUAAAAGCAAAACUUUC